GAGCGGGUCUUUCAGAGCUUCCGCUGGCCUCAGGUGCCCGGGAGGCAUCUGGACUGACCUUGGGCCGGGCUUUGGCAGCUACUGGCAGCUCCCGACCGGCUCACGCGGUGGGAGGGGCGGUCGAGGAGAGGUACCGCUGCGGAGACGCGUGGGGGAGGCCCGAGAAUCAGAAGAAUGGAGGAAAAUACGAAGCUUGCUACAGUGGAAGACACUGUGGAGUAUCACCUAUUCCUGAUACCAGAUGAACCGAGGGACCCAGAAAAACACAAAGAGAUUCUUCAAAAGUAUAUUGAGAGGAUAAUGACUCAGUUUGCACCUCUGCUGGUCCCCUAUAUCUGGCAGAAUCAGCCUUUCAAUCUCAAAUAUAAACCUGGAAAAGGAGAUGUUCCUGCUCAUAUGUUUGGCAUGACAAAGUUUGGGGAUAACAUUGAGGAUGAAUGGUUUAUUGUUUAUGUAGUAAAGCAAAUUACAAAGGAAUUUCCAGAAUUAGUAGCAAGGAUUGAAGACAAUGAUGGUGAAUUCUUGUUAAUAGAAGCUGCUGACUUUCUCCCUAAAUGGUUGGAUCCUGAUAAUAGUGCCAAUAGGGUGUUUUUCCACCAUGGAGAAUUGUGCAUUAUUCCUGCACCAAGGAAACCUGGAGCAGUGUCCUGGUUACCCACCACACCCCCAACAAUCCCUCAAGCAUUGAAUAUAAUCUCAACACACCCAGAAGAAAUUUUGGCGUCAGAAUCUAUACGAGCUGCUGUGAACAGGCGCAUCAGAGGAUACCCAGAAAAAAUUCAAGCCUCCCUUCAUCGCGCGCACUGCUUCCUUCCAGCUGGCAUCGUAGCAGUGUUAAAGCAGCGCCCCAGAUUGGUGGCUGCAGGAGUCCAGGCAUUUUACCUACGGGACCCCAUUGACCUGCGAGCCUGUCGUGUUUUCAAGACUUUCUUGCCUGAAACACGAAUAAUGACAUCGGUGACUUUCACCAAAUGUCUGUAUGCACAGUUGGCACAACAAAGGUUUGUGCCAGACCGGCGGAGUGGAUACAAGAUGCCUCCUCCAUCUCAUCCCCAAUAUCGAGCCCAUGAAUUGGGCAUGAAGUUGGCUCAUGGAUUUGAGAUCUUAUGCUCCAAAUGCAGCCCACAUUUUUCUGACUCCAAGAAAUCCUUCAUGACUACCUCCCCCCUCUGGGCUGGCUUUCUUGAAAGUCUGAAAAAGAAUGAUUACUUUAAGGGACUGAUAGAAGAUUCUGCUCAGUACCAGGCAAGGCUAGAAAUGGCAAAGAACUACUUCCAACUCUCAGUAAACCGACCAGAAAGCUCUCUUGCUAUGAGCCCAGGUGAAGAAAUCUUAACCUUAUUACAGGCCUUACCAUUUGAUAUAGAAGAGCUUAAGAAGGAAGAAGCUGAUCUUCCCCCAGAAGAUGACGACCAGUGGUUAGAUCUCUCACCAGAUCAGCUGGACCAGCUACUGCAGGAAGCUGCUGGCAAAAAAGAAGCAGAGCCCAUUUCCAAGAAGGAGGAACAGAACUAUGACUUAAGUCAAGUCUCAGAAAGCAUGAAAGCUUUCAUUUCCAAAGUCUCAACCCACAAAGGAGCAGAGCUGCCUCGAGAACCUUCUGAGGCUCCAAUCACUUUUGAUGCAGAUUCUUUUCUUAAUUAUUUUGACAAGAUUUUAGGAAUCUUCUCUUCGAAAAAGACACAUAUGUGCCAAGAUGGUGAUUACAGCAUUGUAGUAGCAAAAAAUUGGAAUGUCCUAAAUGUCCAUGGAGAAGGAAAUGGUUAAAUAAAUUAUAGUACAACCAUAUUAUGAAAUAUUGUGCAGUCUUAAGAAAGAAUGAGGUCCAUCUAUAUGUUUUUCACAAAGAAGGACUUCCAAGACAUAUAAAUAAGUGGAAAAGCAAACCAUGGUUCAAUAUGUAUUUAUAUAUUUAAAAAACACCCUUGGGGUGCCUGGGUAGUUCAGUCAGUUAAGUGUCUGCCUUCAGCUCAGGUCAUGGUCCCAGGGUCUUGGAAUCAAGCCCCACGUCGGGCUCCCUGCUCCGUGGGGAGUCUGCCUCUCCCUCUGCCUCUCCUCCCCCCAAGCUUGUACUCUCACUUGCUCUCUUUCUCUCUCAAAUAAAUAAAAUCUUAAAAAACCUUUAUGUUUUUAUAGAUAUGUACAGAACUGCAUAAAGGCUUAGGUACCCACCAAACUUAAAAGGUGCUUAACUCUUGGGGCGCCUGGGUGGCACAGCGGUUAAGCGUCUGCCUUCGGCUCAGGGCAUGAUCCCGGCGUUUAUGGGAUCGAGCCCCACAUCAGGCUCCUCUGCUAUGAGCCUGCUUCUUCCUCUCCCACUCCCCCUGCUUGUGUUCCCUCUCUAGCUGGCUGUCUCUAUCUCUGUUGAAUAAAUAAAUAAAAUCUUUAAAAAAAAAAAAAAAAGAUGCUUAACUCUGGGAAGAGAGUGAGAUGUGAGAUAAUAACAACUCUGUAUGGCUUGAAUAUUUAUAUCAAAAUAUAUUCAUGUAUACUGUAGCUUUUAAAUUUUUUAAGUAAAAAAUCUUAGUAAUCAUGGGGCGCCUGGGUGGCUCAGUCGUUAAGCGUCUGCCUUUGGCUC